AACGCUGAAGGUCCAUGUAAGUGAUGCCAGCACACAUCAGCCAGUAACUGAAGCCUUCAUUGAGAUUUUUACCAACCAGAUCUCCAUUGCAUCUGGAACCUCAGGAGCAGAUGGCACUGCCUUCCUCAAGUUUCAGUAUAAGUUGGGCAAUCAGCUGAUAGUGACUGCUAGUAAACAUGCAUAUGUGCCAAAUUCUGCACCAUGGAAACCUGUAAGAUUGCCUGUGUUCUCUUCACUGAGUCUCGGCCUUCUUCCCGAACGCUCAGCUACCCUGAUGGUCUAUGACGAUGUAGUCCAGAUAGUAUCAGGAUUUCAAGGUGCACGGACUCAGCCACAAGUUCACUUUCAGAGAAGAUCUGUGAAAUUACCAGAGAACACUAGCUACAGUGAUUUGACAGCAUAUCUAACCGCAGCCAGUUCACCCUGGGAAGUGGACAGUUUUCCUUAUUUGCAGGGAUUAGAUGGAAAUGGAACAGGAAACAGCACUAGGUAUGACCUCACCCCUGUCACUGCAGUCAGUGUUCAUCUCCUCAACAGCGAUGGGUCUCCAAUCCCCGUGAAUGGCCCCAUCUAUGUCACAGUGCCUCUGCCAACAAGCAGCAACUUGAAGCACAAUGCACACGUUCCAGCAUGGAGGUUUGACCAAAAAUUUGGUAGGUAACAUCUAAAGGUGAUUGCCUAGAUGGCUUCAUUUGUCUGAAACUAAUGUCUCACUGCAUUUAUUAUGUUAUAUGUCAUAUUAUUAUUAUGUUUGUUAUGUUUUAGAAAGCUGUUUUCUUUCUAAAAGGAGUGAAGACAGCGUUUUAUUAAUCGAGUAAUUUGUAGGAUAUAUGCAAAUAUACCUGAAUAGCGUUGUAUGCCACUUCCAGACAA